AUGUCUAACAAUAUUGGUAUUAAUACUGGUAACACAAGAAUUAUGGAUGACAGCUGCUACUCCAUACCUUCGAACAACAUGUCAGGAGGAUCUCACGUCUCCCGCGCCACGUUUGGAGGUGCGGACUCUGAGAUCUCUGGCGGUAGCGCUCCGCCCUUGCCAAGCCCAGCUUCAGCGGGGGCUGCUUUAGUAUCUCCGGAGACCUUGAGCCGCCACAGCAGCCCCCCACCCCUACCACCACACCCUUCGCAUCAACAACCAGCACCUUCUUGCUCGUCCCAUAGAGUGCACUUGGAGUCACCCCUGAGAUUAUCAAGUCCUCCGUCGAUGUCGCUGGGUGGCUCGCUGUCUCUCCAGCCAGUGCUGUAUGGCCCUGGUGGACCAGUACACGCUCCACUACCACCCUCCAGACGUUUGUCCAGACCAUCUGCAGCUAUACAACAUAUGCAUGUCAUCAGCGCAAGCGACGCAUUAGCAACAACACUGUCGGCCCUCUACGGGAAACUGCUGGUCGUUAUGGGCAUCGCCUUCCCCAUGGCUGAGGUCAUCUCCACAUACAUUCCGCCCUCAUUCUAUGAGGGAUUCUACCUAUACCUGUACAUCGGUAGUAUGGUGUUCCUCCUGUAUAUGUAUGCAGCUCUCGCCAGGGACAGGUCAAGAUCUUCGGCUCCAGAUACCACAGUUGUUGCAAAAUCAGACUCAAGUUCAUCUCCAUCGGAAUCGGACUCCUGUUCAUCACGCACGGAGCGGAGCACGGCCACGGCAGCCCACAUACCGCCACAGCUGGCCGCCAAGCGGCUGUCUCUCGGCUUCGCAUUGGCGUCACGCACACAUCACUAUGGGAGCUUCUAUUUGAGGAUGGGGGCAGUUGCAUUCGGUAUUGGUUCCAUGAUCUACUCAGGUCUGGAGUUUGGACAAUAUUGGGAGUUGGAGAGGAAUACCAAUUGCCAUAACGUUCUCCUCGCCCUAACACCGGCCACUAGGAUGGCGUUCAUCUUCAUACAGAUGUACUUCAUCUUUCUUAAUAACGAGAUGAAAGUGUACAAGCACAAGAUUGUAGCCCGGUUUGGCCUGAUGCAUAUGGUUGGAACCAAUCUUAGUGUCUGGCUCAACGUGCUGGUUCAAGAAACGAAACACGAAAUCCUAACUUUCUACGAUCCAGAGAAUAAAACGAUUGGACUGUCGCAUAGACUUGCGUUCCAAAAGGCGUUUGCUUCGUUGACAACCGACGUGCCUCCUUCUCACCCUGCUGCUGCCCACCUGCGUGUACCAAGAGGUCUGAAGGGCCCACACCACAUCUUCGAGUGCCGUCGAACAAACAUCAUGGGGUCCCUUGUCCAGGAUGCAUCCCCUUUCCUCUUUCCUUGUACCAUUGAAUACUCUCUUAUCUGCGCUGCAAUCCUUUACGUCAUGUGGAAAAACAUCUCCAAAUAUCCAUCAAAAGAUGUCGCGGCAGCUAUAGUCAAAGCUCGAAUACUAGAAGGUCUGGCCUACAAAAAAUCCCCACAUUUAUACAGCGUUGACUGUGCCCGAGCUCACAAAGGCCUCUUCUUCGGAAUCUUAGUUUUGGUACUAACUAUAAUAUCAUUGAUACUCUUCUUUGUUUUGGUAUCAAAGAAGGAUUAUGCAACUCUUGCAGUAGUUGAAGUCAAUGUUUGUGAAUUAGCCUUGUAUGCUAUGACAACAUUUGCUAGUUUAGCAGGAAUGGUGUGCGUUAGGAAGCUGAAAUAUGAUGGCAACCGAAAUCUCGAACUAGACAAUAUUCUUCUGGUAGGAGCCCAAACUGGAAUGUUUAUCUACGGAACUUUCACAAUUAUUGGAGGCCAUUUUACAAUAGAGAAGAAUACUAUUCUUAUAUUGAUAACAGCUCUGUCCUCCUUGAUUCAGACUACGUGUCAGACGAUGUUUAUUCUCGAUGCGAGUCGAAGAUCAGCGAAAACGGCCGAACAGUUGCGGAAAAAGCCUGGAAGAGAAAUAGUGACAUUUCUAUUGGUGACAAACUUGGCAAUGUGGGCAAUAAAUACUCUGGAGAAGUCAAGAGCAGAGUCUCAUCCAGUGCAACUACAUUUCUAUGGACUGUGGGCUUGGACAAUCAUCACUCAUGUUUCUAUGCCCCUAGCUAUUUUCUACAGGUUCCACUCAACAGUGUGCUUGUGCGAGAUAUGGAAACGAGCGUACAAGAUGAAGCCUGCUUACAUGUAGCGACCGGCUCGGAGGUACUGGAGCACAGCGCUGUCUUUCAGGGUGUGAACCGUGGUACUUUCGGAAUCAUGAAUGUAGCCAUGUGGUAGUUGGAUGUUAGUGCCAUAGUCUCAGCUAAUUGCAGUGGACACCAGAUCGAUACAAUAAUUAGAUAUGAGUAACAUGUCCUACCGACUCAUUAGUAGUAGUGGAAGGUUUCAUCUGUUCAGUGUUCACUAGCCACAUCGUUUGAAAGUUGACUGCUGUAAUGUUAAGUUAUUGUAUUAAAAUAUUUUAAUGUGUUAUUUAUUUGUAGCUUUAUUAUACGCUUUAAUUAUCAUAGCGGAACUGAUGUUGAGACGCAGUAUUUCACAAAUAAACGGGUUGGAUUUUAUUGAUUUUAGCGCUUUACAUUUUAGAUGUGAAUUUUUCUGCAAGUUUUUAGUGUUUAAUGUAUUGUUAAUAUAUUGAAUGUGAACCUAUUAAUGGAUAAGUUAUGUGUUCAUAUUUCAUCUUGUUUACUUAGGCGUAUGUAGGAUUAGUGAGUAAGUAUUUGUAGAGAUUGUAUUCAUUCCACAUUCCACUAUAGCAGUUUAUCUCUCAAUCGCCGAUGCGUAAUGUUUAUGAUGCACUUUGAUUCAAAACGAAAGUCUUCCAUUAGGUUACAUUGUUUUAUACGUUCCUUUUACAAUAUUUUCUUUUUCAGCUACGUAUAUAUAGCUCGUAUUAUUCCAUAGUACAGAGGGAACAAUAAAUUCUAUCGACCUAACGAUAUUUUUUUGAGAAUUUUUGAAUUAAAAACAAUACAUUGGUUAUGAUAAUAAAGUAAUUUUUACUAUGAAAAGCGAAAUAGUCUGAGCAGAUAUUAGAGAUUUUGUAGUGGAUAUUUUUGGGACAAGAAUGUAGUAGUGUCAGUAAUUUUUGAUAAAUUUUUAAAUUGUAGCGAUACCUUGGACCCAGUAGUUAGGCAAACUGUAACACCAAAGUAAAUGAAUAAGAAAUUUUUGGAGCUUAUUAUGUGAGUAGUCCAUUGAAUACUCGUAGACACAUUAAUCGUCGCCAUAUAUCACAUUUUCAUUGUCUAUAGAUAUAGACUUAGCAAUUUCGUCCACAACUUAUGAAUAUUUCAACUUUAUUUCAAAGACAUUUUAUACAAUGAUUUUGUAACAAUAUUUUAUACUAUUCUUUAAGGAGUUUGGUAGCACAUGGGAUGCGUAAAUCAAAAAAUAUGUUUGCAAGAUUUUUAUAACAGAUUUUAUUGUAAAUUAUUUUAACUUAGUCAACAACAAUCUUAUGAAUUUCGCACGCCUGAAGCCGCUGUACAAUUAUUUAUAUUUCACUUAUUGAUAUACCUAAUACUUAUGAAUUCAUAUUGUUCUAUUUUAUAUUUAAUAUUGCUCAAAUAUUGUACGAUCGCUACAUGACAGAAAUCAUUGAGUAUAAGGCAACACUAUUAAAUCACAAAAAAAACAUUUUGAUCAAG